AUGGCUGAAAUAGGGAAGGCUUUGACAGGAUAUGUAGUUGGAGUGAUUGUUCUAGCUUUUGCAGUACUUUUCGCGUCUGCUGAGCGAAUUGCAAAUGAUGCAACAAUAUUUCAGGACUUGGAAUUUGGGUGGAGAGUAAUUGUUGGUUCUGUCGUUGGAUUCUUUGCUGUCGUUUUUGGGAGUUUAGGAGAUGAUAGGGGAGAUGGUAUCUUUGUUCCCAUGCUUAUUCUGAUCAUUGGGUUUGAUCCAAAAACAUCAACUGCAAUUUCAAUAAGUAUGAUAACAGGUAUAUCAGGUGCAACUGUGUUGCUAAGCCAUCCAAUACUUCAACAUCCCAUCAUUGAUUCUGGUCUAGCCCUUCUUUUAACACCAAUGCUGUUGCUAGGGAUCAGUAUCGGAGUUGUUCUUAACGUUAUUUUUGCUGAGUGGAUGGUUAAAUUUAUGUUGAUCAUUCUUAUCAUAGUUCCAUCAACUAGGUCAUUCUUCAAGGGUGUUGAGGCAUGGAAAGAAGAAAACCGAAUACACUUGCUACCUCCCAAUGAGUAUUGGAACACAAAAACAUAUGAAGAAGAUGAAGUUAGUAAUAUGUGGUAUUGUGGAACUGCAACAGAUUCUGGUGCUGAAGAUAUUAUGUACAAACUUCUACCUAGAGGUCCAAGAAUUAGAAAUGAAGAGACAUAUACGUCAACUUGUUCAACGACAUAUUGGAUCUUAAACCUCUUACAGGUCCUUGCUGCUGUAGGAGUUUCUGCAUAUGAAGCAGUUUGCUUGUAUAACGGAACGAGGGUGGUCAUGUCAAGUGGAAAAGAAGUAAUAACCGUGUAUAUGGGAAACAGGGUGGUCAUGUCAAGUGGCGAAGAAGUGAUAACCUGGAAAGUGCAUCAGUUGAUCCUUUACUGUUGCUGUGGCUUUUUGGCUGGUAUAGUUGGUGGUCUGCUAGGUCUUCAUGGAGGAUUCAUUUUGGUUCCAUUGUUUCUACAACUAGGGAUUUUGCCUCAGGUUUCUAGCACCACUGCUAACUUUAUGAUGAUAUUCUCCUCUUCCAUGUCCGUCAUACAGUAUUACUUACUAGGACACUUUCCAGUACCAUAUGCCUUGUAUUUCGUAGCUGUGACCACUGUUGCUGCCUUGGUAGGACGCCAUGUCAUAGAUGAAAUAAUUCGCACUGUUAAUAGAGUAUCUGUGAUCAUCUUUGUUUUGGCCUUCACAAUCUUUGUUGGCUCAGUCUCAUUAGGUGGUGUAGGCAUAGCAGACGCGAUUAAGAGGAUCAAGGAAGGGCAGUAUAUGGGGUUUGAUAACAUCUGUGCAUAUAAGCCUUAAGUUUUGUAUAACUGGUGUUU